AUUGUCAAUGCGUACGUAGACACAACCACCGCGGCAUGACCUUCACCUCGGACCGAAACUUGCUGAGAAUUCUGCGCCUCUUGACCGCCCUUACCCGGCUCAGUCUGGCCGACGAAGUCGACAAGGAUGACAUGUCCGUCUGUUGGAAAUAUCCAAGGACUCGCUGUACCAAACCGAGCAGAAAAGACCACUCACGUCCUUAACACGUCGGACAAGAUCUUUGCGCUGAUGCGGAAGUUGGUCGGUGCGAUCAAGACGGUCAAGAUCUCGGACGUGAUGAAGCG